AUGGAGAGCGUGCCUCUGGUGGAGUUUGCAUCGUCGCUGCACAGACACGGCACGCCUUCUCCAAGCAUUUCAGGAACGCCCUUUGUGAUGUACACCGUACCCGCCGAAGCCUUCUUGGAGAUGACAGAAGUCAAGAUGCACGAGGAGCUGGCAGACGCCGGUGUGCUCACAGAGUUUGAUGAGAGCCUGGGAAAGGCAAUGUUCGUGUCGCACCAAUGGCUGAGUGACACGCAUCCUGAUCCAGACUUCCAACAGCUACAAGUUCUGCAGGAUGCGCUGAAGAACAUCGUUGCCGGCACCAGUAGAAUUUCUCUGGCCAUUUUCGUGGAGAUUCUCAAUGCUCGCGUAAGAUGCCCUUCUGGCGACGACUUUGCUUCUGGCCAUCUUCACAUUUGGUAUGACUACUUCAGCAUCCCACAGCGCAGCUGUCACAAGGCAUCUCAGGAGCGCGGCAGUGCCAUUCAAAGCAUCCCAGCGUAUGUGGCAAGGUGCGAGUUCUUUGUUGUACUGUGCCCGGCUUUGACGCACCAAGACAAGCAGGGGACUCUGGGCCACGCAACUUGGGGCGAAAGGGGGUGGUGUCGCACAGAGAGGGUUGCAUGUGAACUCUCGACCCUCAGCGCUGGCUACCUAAUUGUUGUUGAGAGCGCCACCCACCAGACGCUGGAAUGGACAGGGCUCAGGAUAAGGGAGGCGCCUGGUGAAGGAGAGUUUACAGUUGAUGGUGACAGAGUAUGGAUCGGUCGUAUGGUUAUUCAGAUGGUUUGGUCCAAGCUUUUCUACUACCUCAAGCGCCGAGAGUUUCACAACUACCGAUACCUUCUGAACGCCCAAGCGCCACAAUAUUUCCGUGGUCUUGACGUGGAACCACUUGACGGCCUUGUUCCGGGAUUCCACACUGAGACCGACCCGAGUGUUGACUGCAAGGGCUUCAUGUUGGAACGUUUCCUGCAUCAGAACGGCUUCAGGAGCAUCUCCGAGCGGGACGAUGCAGGGUGGCCGCCAAUUUGCUUUGCUGCGAUGAGCAACAACCUCGUGGUCCUGCAAGGGCUUCUUGACCGAAAGGUGGAUAUCAACCAGGCUACGACCAAGCCCAAGGCAGAGUUCAACCUUCCUGCCAAGUUGACGGCCCUGGCAAUAGCUUCCAUCAACCGCAGCAACGAAGCAGUCGAGCUGCUUCUGCGUGCCAGAGCCCAUGUGAACUACAAGGAUGGCCACGGGGGCAAUGCCCUCCAUACGGCGACUGCCGGGGACAAUCCACGUGGAGUACGUCUGCUCUGCGAUGCUCGUGCCAACAUGAACCAAGAAUGCGUGCCGGGGCUGAGCCCUUUCAUGCUCUCGUGUGCAUGCGGAAGCGGGCGCGCAAUGAAGGAGCUGCUCUCCCUAAAUCCAGGCUUGAGUUUGCGACACUGCCUGCACAUCGCGCUCAUGUUCGCCCCGGGCAGUGCUCCCGACGUGGUUUCCAUUCUGCUCGAGGCUCGGGCGAAUGUGAAUGAACAGUUCCGAGUACACAUCAGGGACCCAGGAUGGUGGUUUCUGAUGAAUCUCAUGGGUGUGAAGCAUCGGGUAAGCCCUUCCAGACUGACUCUGCUGGCAUAUCAUCAUUACGAUGCGACGCCGUUGAUGUUCAGCAUUCUGAGUGGUUGUCUGGAUUCCGUGUCCUCCCUGCUCUCAGCCAGAGCCCGGGUAGACAUCCGCAACUACCGCAAGAAAACAGCAUCCGAACUGGCGCGCCAGAUGCUCGCGCCAUCGUGGUUGAUAGAGGUCUGUUCUAUGAACGGCCAGGAAGACGCCGAGACCCUUGCUGAGAGCGACACAUUCUCUAUUUGA